AUAGAACUGUCAGAAAUAGACUAUUAUAUGACAGUUCUGGGACUGUCCUUCCAUACAGCGGUUGAAACAUUGUAUGUAUUUGUUUCCAUAAAUGGAUCCAUUUAUGGAAACAAAAUACAUACAAUGUUUCAACCGCUGUAUGGAAGGACAGUCCCAGAACUGUCAUUAAUAGUCUAUUUCUGACAGUUCUGACAUUCCCUCCAUACAGCGGUUUCCGAAAAAAAGUGUAUGUGCAGAGUUCCUCUAUUCUGCAGAUACACUUAGAGGAGCUCUGCAGCUUACACUUAGAGGAGCUCUGCACAUACACUUUUUGCCGGCUUGGAAAUUAUUCUUAUUUUCAUCCUACUUCUUCUUCUUCUUCU